UCGAUUUUAUUUUAACAUAAAAAUUUAAAAAUAAUAUUUAGUAAAUUUCAGAGACCGAACAUGAAAAAAUGAAUGUGUCAUUAAUCAGAAAUAUUUGAAUGCUGAAUGCCAAGAUAGAUUCAAGUAUUUUAAACAGCUGAAUAAUACAACAGAACGACAAAUCAAUCAAUCAAUCAAUCAAUCAAUCCCUUCACAACACACUUACAAAGGAAUAAGGUAGAGUCAGCUGGGUACAAAUAGUUCCUGGCUGCGCGCUUCAUGGACAGCACACGCGCGUUCCCAUAAGGACAGUUUUCUUGUCACAACAAUAUUUUCCGCGCCUCAUUUUACGGAUGUACUCUACCUUUAUUGCUACUUCCAUCCAGGGAGAGGCUGUUAAGUUUAAAAAUGUACUGAGCUUUUCUAGUUUUCACAGAAGAGAGUUGUUUGUCACAAACAGGACAGCACAGAUGCGCACCUGACCGCAAACACGUCGCUCUUGACGCUUCCAUCUCUUUGCUCUCUCAUUUCGUGAGUGGAUCUUUUUGAAAUCUCAUUUAAAUGUGUUUAAUGCAUUCUAAUAGUCAUCUUGAUGUCAUGCUGAUGACACAGUGGAGAGGAGGAGAACGUAAAUGGCAUCCUGCGUGUGUAGGCAAUGUACGAGAAAGUGUUGUACCACCAGCAAAUUUCCACGUGAGCAGCAUCUCUUCUGAUGUCCGAAAGGGUUAAGAGCGCGAGCGGCUUGCUCACUACAGCAUUACAUCACUCGGCGGUCCCGAGGUGCGAACCGAGCACUAGGUGGCAUCCUAGAUGAGUACGGAUCCGCGUCUCUCUUCAGUCGAGACAUCCAGUCGGCGGCGGCGGGUGUCUCAGGGAGCAGUCCCGCGCUCGCUCUCAAACACAAUGCGCAGGUGACAAGAACCGGCUUCCAGGAGUUCGUCUCUGACCCGUGCCGGCUCGAGGACUAGAUCAGCACUGACUUCUCCGUCCGGAGCGCCGCAGGAGGAUGUUCUGCCUCUCUGGCGUCACCGUCACCCCACAACUCCAUGGCUACCUCAUUAGGGGUACUCUGGAGAAACAGGUGUCGGGGAAGUGACGUCACGAGCCUCGGAAACCGGAGGUGUGCGCUUCGGAGAGCAAGAUGGCAGCGAAAUCCGACGGUCGGGGGGUCGUCACCGGUUUCGCCCAGCUGCACAAUCUGGACGAGACGGUGGGGAGCUGCGAGGGCGACCCGGGGCAGGGCAGCUCCUUCCACAUCUGCCACUGCUGCAACACCUCGUCGUGCUACUGGGGCUGCCGGAGCGCCUGUCUGCAUUACCUCCUGGGCAAGGGGAGAGACGUCAGGCGGCCACCUCGCGAGGAGCGCCUGUGGUUGGACUGCCUGUGGAUCGUCCUCGCGCUCCUCGUCUUCUUCUGGGACGUGGGCACCGACUUGUGGCUCGCGCUCGACUACUACGUCAAGCAGGACUACCUCUGGUUCGGACUCACACUGUUCUUUGUGCUGGUGCCGUCGGUGCUGGUCCAGAUCCUGAGCUUCAGGUGGUUCGUGCAGGAUUACACGGGGGGCGGCUUGGGCUCCGUGGAGGGUCUCAGCAGCAGCCGGGGCCCAGGGGUGCGCGGCGGGGCCAGAUGCUGUCGCGUGUCCGUGUGGGUCUGGCAGACGCUCAUACACAUCCUGCAGAUGGGGCAAGUGUGGAGGUACAUCAGAACAAUGUAUCUUGGAAUCCAGAGCCGCAGACAAAAGGAGAACCAGCGACGCUUCUACUGGGCCAUGAUGUACGAGUAUGCCGAUGUCAACAUGCUCCGUCUAUUGGAGACAUUUCUGGAAAGCGCUCCACAGCUGGUUCUCCAGCUCUGCAUCAUGAUCCAGAAGAACCGGGCAGAAACGCUGCAGUGUGUGUCGGCAAUCACGUCUCUCCUCUCUCUUUCCUGGGUUCUGGCCUCGUACCACAAGCUUCUUCGCGAUUCCCGUGACGACCAAAAGAGCAUGAGCUAUCGGGGAGCAUUGGUGCAUCUUCUGUGGCGUUUCUUCACCAUUUCUUCUCGGGCGCUAUCUUUCGCCCUCUUUGCCUCGGUUUUCCACAUCUACUUUGGCAUUUUUGUGGUGCUGCACUGGUGUGCCAUGGCCUUCUGGGUAAUCCACGGAGGCACCGACUUCUGUAUGUCCAAGUGGGAGGAGGUGCUAUUCAACAUGGUGGUAGGCGUGGUCUACGUCUUCUGCUGGUUUAACGUCAAGGAGGGAAGGACCCGAUUCCGCAUGGUGGUUUAUUAUUCGCUGGUGCUGGUGGAAAAUACCAUCCUUACUGCUCUGUGGUACACCUACAGAGACCCGGUCACUACCGACUCCUACGCUGCAUCCGCCCUCUGCGGCGUCUUCCUGUGCUUUGCCUCCGGAGUGGCCUGCAUGGUCCUCUACUACGGGGUCCUGCAUCCCAUGGGGCCCCGGCUGAGGGUGCUAGCCAGUUCCUGCUGUGCUGAGCUGCUCUGGGGCCUCCCCUUACCACCCGAGGCUGAGCCCAUGGCUCCCACUCCGGGACCUCGGGGCUCCCAAGCCACCCCGACUAGGGGGAUGGCUUCAGGGGACUACAGCGAGCCGGAGGAGGCCGCCACAGACACUUGUCUGCCAGUGUUCCAGGUGAGAUCCACAGAACCCACUGAUGCGGCGGGUCGGCCCAUCCCCCCCGAGGGGCCCCUCAUCAAGAUCGAUAUGCCCAGGAAGCGCUACCCCGCCUGGGAUGCUCACUUUGUUGACCGACGUUUGCGGCGGACCAUAAACAUCCUCCAGUACAUCAGCCCCAAUGCAGUGGGCAUCAGGUACAGGGAUGGACCCCUCCUCUACGAGCUGCUCCAGUACGAGUCCUCCCUGUGAAGGUGCGCGAUGCCGCUCUUUCUCUACUCUCAUGCCCUCUCUGGUUCUCCACUUCCCUUGGUGCUUUUUCUUCAGAGUUUUUAUUUAGUUGUGCUCUCAAGCUAUAAGAGUGCAUCUAAAAGAGUCUAAACAGAGAAUAUUCAAAAUAUAUUUUGACUAACAGUGUAGAGUUGGAGAACAAAAAGUCCGAAAUACAACAUUCCCUAGAUUGGGUUACUAUGGUGUGAAUGUUCGGCUAAUGUGUAUGUUUGAUGGUGUUUGUGGCCCUGUCGCCUCUGACAUGUGCACGAUGGGAAUGAUGGAGGAACAUAGUCUUUAGCAUCCUCAUUCUAAUUUCGCUUUUACCAUUUUGUGCCUACGUUUUUCCCAGACAGUUGUGGUGACAACUGAUCUUAAAAAUGGCAAAUGAGUCAAUAUUAGCUAGACACUAAAAAGCACAUUUGAUUGUCAAAAAAAGCACACGAUGUCCCACUCCUUUUCUCCUUUGAUAAAGGGGGAAGAGGCUUGAAAUUGUUGGGAAAGUGCACCAAAAAGGUACAAUCAUUUUACAAAUAAAAUGCAAUGAUGUCAUGUAGAAAUUGGUGUUAAAUUUUGGUGACGGCCUACCAUAUUACACUGCCACCACUGUUUUGAUCAUCAAGGGCCUUAAUAUUUAUCUUAACAUGUCUUUUCCUACUGAAUCUCACUAGUGAUGUGAUAUAUUCAGCUCUGUAAUCUGAGUUGAAUAUUUGAAUUUUUUACAUAUGGCCCACAAUUUUUUUAACCCAUCUAUAGUAUGUGAGAGUGCACUUUAUGACUGCUAUGUCGAAAUAAAUGGGACAUAUUUUCUUAUAUGCACUACCGUUCAAACGUUUGGGCUUAGUAAGCAAAAAGGAUGCAUUAAAUUGAUCAAAAGUGACAGUAAACAGUACAACUUUUCUAUUCUGUUUAAAUAAUAAUGUAAUUACUUUUCUUUUUCAAAUAAAUGCUGUUCUUUGAACAUUUUAUUCAUCAAAGAAUCUUUAAAAAAUGUACCACGGUUUCCACAAAAAUAUUAAGCAGCAUGAAUGCUUUCCAUAUUAAUAAUAAGAAAUGUUUCUUGAGCACCAAAGUCAUCAUAUUAGAAUGAUUUCUGAAGGAUCAUUUGACAUUGAAAACUAGAGUAAUAACGUCUAAAAUAUACCCAAAACUUUUAAACGGUAGUGCAUAUGAUUAUUAUUAUUUUUUAAUAUGGUCCACUGAUAUAUUUUUUAACCCAUUUAUAUUAUAUGUGAGUGCAACUGAUGAAAGCUAGAAAGAAUAAAUAGGACAUAUUUCCUUAAAUAGGUCCUUCCAUAAACACACACACACGCACACACACACACACACACACACACACACAAAUUAAAUAAUAAUACUCUGUUAAACAUAUUUUGUCAUAUAAUUUACAAAAUGUGCUUUAUGUGAUUUAACAUGUAAAUUAAUUGGUUUUAUUCAAGGAAAAAAUAUUAAUAUGUCUAAACAAACCUUAAUGAAAUAGGUUACAUCAAAGUUAUUUCUGAGGGUUAAAUCAUGGGUUAGAAAACUGAUCUUUAAUGUAACUAUUGCUUGUUACCAUUUUUACAGUAUAAUGAUGAAAAUAAAUAUUUGCAGUGUAUGGUGCCCAACUCUAACCUUUAGUACUCCUCCAUCAUUCCCUGUAAAAAAUUGCAUUUUUCUGUCCACUUAAACCUUUUCUUCAGAAAAAGGCUAAUGGUUUCUCAAAAGGUGAAGAACCUUGACACAUUUACACAUGUAAAUGGUAUACCAUUCGCAUUCAAAAUGUACUAUACUCAUUUUUGAUAAAAGAAAAAGGUUCUUUAUUUGAAUUGUGCAAUAUUUUUUUGAAAAUGUACUUUGAAAUGAUUGGAGAAAAAGGUGUUGCUUUUGCCUGAAAUUAGCUAAGUUUAUACACCACCAUCGAAUGCAUGCCAAGGUUGCACAUAUUGAGGAUUGAUUGGGUUGCCAGGUGCCAACCAACGAAUGAGGGUUUCUAAUGUGCAAAAUAAUUGAAUUAAACGUCCCAUUUUAUGUUUGUUUUUUUUUCAGUAUCCUAUAUAUGGUGCACUUAAAACAAACCUGAGGGUUGCCUCUACAAAAAGCCACUUGUUUACCUCCAAUCCUGAGGUAAUUUUCCCCUGAUUUCAUCAAUUCAAUUGAGAAUGAAUGAAUUGCUCUGUGAGGGCUGAGGUAAUUUUUGUUGUUCUGAUGCUUUGUUUAGCAUCCAGACGAGAUAAAUGCAGACAUUAACAUGGGAUGCCAAGUUUCACCGCAUGGGCUGCUACAAACCCCAUUUGUGCCUGCUGAAAUUUUCCAAGCAGACUUCAGAUCGGUUGUAGUCGACAAGGUGGAGGGUUUUAUUUGCCAGGGAUGGAAAAGAACAUGAGGAUAGACAAUAUAUAUCAGUGAAUGUGUGUAUUCAUGUGUGUGUAUGCUUGUGACUUUGGUUUGUAGGUCUUACCUCUUCAGCUCCAUCCUUGGUUGCUGCUCUGACCCCUCCACCCCUCUCAUGCGAGUGUUAUCUGGGAUAUUCGGAUGCAAAGACUAUGUUUCAAGAUAACAACUUGGAUUUAUAACCUGGCCAAAGGGAACGGGGGACGGGCAGGCAAUUUCAUGCAAUUCUUAUUACAAAACGUCAAUAUUCCGUAACCCUUGCAAUAUCAGGUUUUCAGUUUAAGCUACAAAACGAAACAGUUCCGUUUCCUGUUCCCUGUUCCCUGUUCCCUUCCAGUGCCUAAAAAGUCACCGAUAUUCCACUUCUGUAGGUGCUUGGCACAUUGAUGCACUGUUGUUUGCUGGGAUAUCACCAACCCUGUUACGCUAUGACGUGUACAACGACUACUCGUUCUUAUGGUUGCGUGACUCGGCUGCCUGGCAUCCCAUGAUACGUUCGUAGUCCAAUUACAGAAUCGGUAACUGCUAACGCACUUGAGGUAAGACAGUCCAGGGGAUAUUUUCAACUACACUGUGAUAUUUUCUUCUAUUAUUCCACUAGCAUGUGUAGUGACCAACAUCGCCACGUUUGAUCAGAUAUAGGGCGGGAUUUGCAACAAAUCCAACCCUGUACAGCAUGCAUAUAAUUCCGAAUUGGUUCGUUUUAGAUUACUGCCUUACUAGUCAAACAAGUUACACAUCAGAUUAGUUGAUAUUAAAGUCAUGCCGCCAUUUGUAGACUUGGAGGGUGGGAUGGGUAAGUGGGACCAGUCUCUAAUAUCUGAUUCUUUGUGGUGCCUUGUCUUUUUGGGUGCUUCUGUGUAGCCAUGGCAGCCAGUGCAGCAAACAACAAUGCCAGUGUCUCUAUCUCCAUUCAUAUUUCGCUCAGUACUGUAACAAGCCAGUCAAUUUUGUCCCAUACCCACACAGGAAGUGCUCUCCGGGUAAAUCUUUGCAAAACGAAAUGAUCUGCUUAUUACAACUUAAAGGCAAUACUUAACAUCUACUUGAAUGUUGGGUUCCACACUUUUCCUGAAAAUGAAAUACACAGACCGGUUCCAUUCGACUAUUCUCGAGGGUUUUGUUUAUGUCCGGAUGUGAAAAAGGAAUGAGAUUUGGUUUGUUUGGGUACUAAAUGACAGUUAUGAUGAAGUUAGCAAUUUAUUUAAUGAUUGUUAAUGUACUUCUGUCUAUGCCUUCCUCUGUCUUGCAAAAUGAAUGAGCUGUAGUGCCAACAAGUUAAUCUUUUCUCUCUGUCGUAUGUCUUGUGAACAAAAAUGUCUAGCCAAAUGGAUUUAUGCCUGCAAAAAAAAAAAAGAAGAAAAAAAAGAAAAAAUGUGUGUAGACCAAUAAGAAUAGAAGAAGUGGGGUACGUAAAUAUGGUGCUCACUGGGUCGAAUAUUUUAACUUAAACCUGAGAUGGCAUUGGACACAUUUUUAAAGGCCUCUAGUGCUGAACCAUCUUCAGACUGCUUCUACAUCCUUUGGAUUCUUAGCAUGCCCGCAAAAUGCAUCCUAUGGUGACCCCUCCAACACACGUGCAUGUUUUCUUCAAUGCAACGUCCCACCCAUCGCUCCAGGGUUCUCUACACGCUCAUCAAAUCCAGUUCUGUACAGUGGUUCCGCAACUGAUAUAGAGCCAAAAGUCCUGAUGACGAAACAACCACAAAACGGUGCAUUUUUGUUUCUUGACCUGGUGCUUAUCAACAUAUUCUAAAGGUGCUACCACGAAUGUGGACCGCAGGAUCCCUGUUGUGGCUCACUAAGCAAGGCCACCGUCUGAUAGACCUGCCUCUUUAAGCUCACGGACACUUUCCUCUCUGGAAGAACAAGCACCUCAACACAGUUUACAGCCAAACAUCUCUCUUUGAAAUAUGGUGCCAUUUAUUAUGUUUCAAGCUGUACAAAGAAGCAUUGGUGCAGCAAAAAUGUUUAUUUUUUACUUCUUCCCCGAAUUUCUGUUUAUUUUUAUGUAUAUUUGUUUUUAAAAAAUAUGUUUAGGUGUUUAGAAUCUGCACUAGGAUUUCUCGUAAGAGAAAAAAAAUAUGAAAAUGCAUCAUUUUGACAUUCAUCUAUACAGGCCUAAAAGUACUACUGGUAAAAAAGGGAUCGCUAAACAUAAUAGAAGGUGAUUGCUGUGUUGUAUAUUCCUGUCAUCUCUAUGUCCUAAACUUAUGUGUAUUUCUUCUGUUAUUGUAGAUCUGGCUGUAUAUUUUGUUGGAAAAUGAUCUUAUUAAUGAUUAUGGUUGUCAGAUGAAUUGCUGCUGAUUUUAGAGUUGUUAUCCAUGCUGUUGGACACGGGUAAAUUACCUGUAAAACAGAUUGUGUUAGAUCGUCAUUGUAUUUCUCACAUGGGGUGUUAAAGAAAGAAGGCACAAAGUUAAGCAAAUUAUUUGCUACUAUCUGUAACAUUUCUUUUUUCAUAACUGACUGUACUUAUUACUUAUGUUGAGAAAAAAAAAAGAUUUAUUUGAUGUUGUCAAAUACAAAUGAAAGUAAAUUGUUUUGUUUGAUUGCCAUUAUUUGAGAACAAAACCGAUGUCUAGUAAUGCAUUAGACCUUAUUUUUGGGAAAAAAUAUACUAAUACUGACAACAUAUGGUGCUACGGUUGAUUUUGUAAACUUUGGUUUUUAGGUGAAAAAGGGAAUAUCAUAUUGACAAAAAAAGAAUAUGUUGAGCCUUACUGUAGAUCUAUAUAUGAGACUGUUCAUCACUGAAGACUGGAAAAAUAAGUAUAGUAUUUGAAAGUGAGUACAUAUAUACAAAACUGUAUGCUUUAUGUUUAUGCAGAAUUUGCCCAAUGACAGAUCAAAGUGGUUAUAUACUAAUGUAUAUGUUCCGAUGUGUAUGUGAAUGUAUACUGAUAUGAUAGAGAUAGAUUUCCCAGAGUAACAAAUUGUUGUUUA